GGACAGCGGUAACAUGUAACGAAGGUCCAAGUAGGGUCGAAGCAUCCUCUAUGGUGUUAGGCUAUUGUUAAUAUGGAAAAUGAUGGGCAAGGUGACUUUAAACUAACAGAUGUACGAUCUCCAAAUGACUGGGAACACGCUGACUUGGGUUCUAAAGAUCGAAACAUAAAGUUCUUAAAAUUAAUGGGAGGAAAUCCUGUACGUGACCAUAAAGGAAAACUAGUAAUCGGAGAAAACAUCGACAAUGUGCACGAGCUAGAAAAUCAGUACCUUCAGGGUUUGGAAAAGAGUAUGCAACCAAAUUGUCACCAUGGUUUAGGAAGCCAUACAAAUUCCUCGUCCAACCCAGUGGACAGUUUGGAUUAUACCAACACAGAAAAACUUAAGCAACAAUAUAAAUCAUCAUUUAUCUCGGGAAAGGAUUCUUAAUAAAGAAUUUUAAAAAUGCUUAUCGCUUACCGUGUAUUUUUUCUUGUUUAUAUUUUUAGCGAUUUUUUUUAUACAAUUAUAAUAGUUUCUGAAUGAACGUAGAUAUAUGAAUACACUUUGUGGCCAACUCUUGAAGUUAUUCUGCCAAAAAUGUCUAUUAUUUACACUAAUAGAUAUUCAAAUGUUAUUUCUUGUGAGAAGUGACCAAUUUUUAGAAAAAGUUUUUAGACUUUUUGCGUUUUUUAAAUGUUCAUUCAAAAUGAUUUACGAAUUUUUCAAUGCAAUUGUACCAUUUCCUAAACAGUAUAAGAAGUUUACGACGUUUACGCGUGAACCAAGCAAAUAUUUAGAUAAUGAUUAUCGUUUUUUUUUCGUUAUUUUUUAAAAUUCUGUAGACUGUGAAUUAAGUUUGUCAGCACUUAUUAUGUCAACCGACUAAUACAAAAACUUGUCUCUCAAUGCAAAAAAUAUCAUGUCAACGAAAAUAGAAUUUAUUGUGCACAAGAUCAGUUACUAACAAAUUGUAAGUAGCUUGAUACACGAAACCAAACUUUACCAAAGCUGCUUAAAUGACCUCUUAAACCCAAACUACCUAACUUUGCACCACCGUGGAGAAUGGAAAUGAACAGCAUAAAAAAGGUAUCGCAUAAAUAUCAGCCACUCUGGUAAAGUGGUCGUCGUGAUAAGCGUUACCUGCUCAUGCAUCGCGAUUCUAACCACCGUUUAUCAAAGUCUACAUCAUAGGCUGAUCAAAUAUACCUAGUACCCCUGUUGUGAACGAAAACAGAAGUGAGGGACAUCCGGUUGUAUUUUAAUGUAAAAUUACAGAGUACUUUCAUCAGACGUGAGGACGAUGCGUUCAGUACUUCAUUUGAAAAUUCUCCAUCCAUUGUCUCAAAUGUCAUCAUUCCUUCAUUAUCGUAGUGAUUACACUGUUUCCACUCGCUUCGAUUCAGUCAUCUCAACAUUCUACUGGCACGUUUUCCACUUCCGAUCGGUGUUGCAUACCACUUAUGUCUGUCUAUGUGAAUAGCAUACACCACACCCUUAUAUCUAAAUUCAGCAGUAGUCAGGCAAUAGGUUCACCAUGCGUAAUGAACGCUUCAAAAGUAUGUAUGAGCAAGAUCUAAAAACUAUAGCACAUGUUAUACCUUCAAAAUCCCCUUGUCGUAACCAAAAUUACUGAGCAGUGUCUCAGUUUUUUCAUGAACGGACAAACAUACUACUAGAUUAACAUGUUUCGUAAGCUUCCAGAGGCGCAGAGUGGACCUCAUGUGUUCGAGAGAACGUUUCGUCAUCCCUUCAAAUCAACAAGGUCUAAUAAGACUGUCAAGGCUAGUUGCGGUAACGUACUAAACUACUUCACUUCCUGUAGUCGAACUAUGAGAUGAUGCGAACUAGUCCUGAGGUAACACUAAGCAUUUGGUGGUAAGCGCCAAUUCUGAAGCUUCUGUAGUCUCGUCUGAGGUAUUUCUAGGUCCACCAUAACUGGGCGGAACACGGUCGUCUACGUACUCUAGGUAAAUAAACGAGUUUCCAGGAAGGAGAUCAACUACUGAGGUGAAACAAUGAAAAAACCCUUUUAUUAUGUGAAUUACGAUUUUAACAAACAUCUUUUGAAGUCAAUGAACUUCUGAAAAAUCCACAUGUCCAGUAAGUUUAGAUGAACUCGACUAAUGUAUUUUUGUCAGGGCGGGGGGGCUAUUUUAUGGUUAUGAUCGAUCGCCUGUAAAUAGUGUGGCCGAGCGGUGAUAACUAUCAAAAUGUGAAUUAUUAGUUUAGAACUUCAAAAAGACAGAAUCAAUUAUUAACAUGGAGAGUUAUUUUUUAGGGGACAUAAUGCAUUUAUAUGCAAAAUAUUGUGCACAAAAAUAAAUUUCAUUGAGUAUUGAUUAAAAUACAUAAUCGAUU